CAAGUCUCCUCAUAAGCUCUGUCCUCCCCUGGAAUCAAGUCUCCUCAGCCUUCUGAGUCAGCCCGGGAGGGACAAGUACAAAUUCUCAUGUCAAACUUCUGGAAUACCACAUCUACUUCCAUCAUUUUCCUCCUAACUGGUGUUCCUGGGCUGGAAGCCUUCCACAUCUGGAUCUCCAUUCCCUUCUGCUUUCUCUACAUAACCGCCCUCUCAGGAAACAGCCUGAUCCUCUUAGCCAUUGUCACCCAGCCCAGCCUCCACAAACCCAUGUAUUAUUUCCUCUCCAUGCUGUCCACCACUGACCUCGGCCUGUCCAUAUCCACCCUGGUCACCAUGUUGGGUAUAUUCUGGUUCGAUGCCAGGGAGAUCAGCUUUAAUGCCUGCUUGUAACAGAUGUUCUUUAUUAAACUCUUCACUGUCAUGGAAUCCUCAGUGCUAUUGGCCAUGGCCUUUGAUCGUUUUGUGGCCAUCUCUAAUCCACUCAGGUAUGCCACCAUUUUAACUGAUUCCAGAAUAGCUCAAAUUGGAGUGGCAAUUGUCAUCAGAGGGACACUAAUGCUGACACCAAUGGUUGCACUUCUUAAAAGACUGUCCUUCUGCCGCAGCCACGUGCUCCACCACUCCUACUGCUUCCACCCUGAUGUGAUGAAGCUCUCAUGCACAGACACCAGGAUCAACAAUGCAGUUGGAUUGACUGCCAUGAUCUCUACUGUUGGUGUGGACUCAAUCUUCAUCCUCCUCUCUUACAUUUUGAUUAUUAAGACCGUCCUCAGCAUUGCAUCCCCAGAAGAGAGGAAGAAAGCCUUCAGCACAUGUAUCUCCCAUAUUGGGGCUGUUGUUAUUUUCUACUUUCCAUUGAUCAGUCUGUCCUUUGUUCACAGAUUUGGGAAACGAGCCCCAGCCUAUGUUCAUACAAUGAUUGCUAACACUUACCUCCUGAUCCCUCCUGUAAUGAACCCCAUCAUCUACAGUGUGAAGACCAAACAAAUAAGCAGAGCUGUGAUAAAAAUUAUCCAUUCCAAAGACACAUAGAAUUCUAGAGAUGGCCUGACACUAUCAA